AUGGAAAAGUACGAAGAGGAGGGCCACCGGCCGUCCAGUCGCACCCUCAACCUCAUCCGCGAGACGGCAGAGCCCAUUUAUACCAGCCUCACCACCGAAGGACUCCCAACAGCUAAGGGCGCCUAUUCCGCGGUUAAUUUUGCGGGACCAGAUGCGUCAAAGCAAUAUUCGGCGGAUGAUCUGCGGGCCCUUGGUUUUUCGGAGGUUCCAUGGGAGGGUUUCGACCCCAGGCCAAUUGUUGACUGCAAAGGGCGCAUUGUGGCAGUCAUCGCAGGUCAGCCGCGUGAUCCAAGCUACUCCGCAGCGUGCAUGGAGGUCCAUGACGAUAUCUUGCGGGAGGGCCAGACCGCAAACUUCCGCAAGAACUGUCAUGGCCGUCGCGGCGGCUUUCCGGCGGUAAAUGUUGGAAUAUCGUACGGGAAAGGCCAGAAAGUACCAUCCCGCCUUCAGAAUGGCGUUUUAGCCGGCAUCAUCAACCGCCUUGUCGGAAGUGAGGCGGUCAGGCGAAUGGCCUCCUAUGCAAGCGCCUCCUAUAACCUCUGGGCACCACGGUUGCACCGACACUAUGAAGAACACCUCAGUGUGCUCUACGAAAAGCUACCACACCUUCGCCCCAACUUCCCCAGGUCUAUCUUUCCCUGUGCUACCUUCAACUUUGGUGGCAACGUCUGGACCUUCAAGCACAGGGACAUCAUGAACUGCCCUUAUGGAUGGUGCGCCAUCACAGCCCUAGGCCGCUUUGACCAUCGACGAGGGGCGCACCUCAUACUUUGGGAACUCAAGCUCUUUAUUCAAUUUCCGCACGGCGCCACAGUUUUCAUUCCCUCAGCCACCAUCACUCAUUCCAAUACCCCCCCGGCCGAAGGGGACAGCAGGACAUCUUUUACGCAGUUUUUGGCUGGCGGCAUUCUACGGUGGGUAGAUAAUGGCUUUCGCACGGAGAAGGAGAUGGCUAGGCAGGAUCCAGCUGCGCAUGCAGAGAUGCAGAAGCGCAAGGCGACGCGCUGGGAGAUGGGACUAGGGCUAUUAUCUACAUUGGAUGAAAUAUUAGAACCAAUAGCUCCGUAG